AUGCCACCUUACAAUGCACUUCAUACAUUCUACCUGAGCAUCACCCGGACAAAGAAAGUCUCUUCCGAGGGAACUGGCGGCUCUGGUCUCUGUCGAUGUUUGACCUCAUUGGACCUGGUGGCUUUGGGUGUUGGAAGUACUCUUGGGGCUGGAGUUUAUGUUCUUGCAGGAGAGGUUGCAAAAGUCGACUCUGGUCCCAGCAUUAUCCUUUCUUUCCUUAUUGCAGCUUUGGCCUCUGUUUUGGCCGGACUGUGCUAUGCCGAGUUUGGUGCUCGAGUACCUCUCACAGGAUCUGCUUAUCUGUAUAGCUAUGUGACUGUUGGGGAGCUCUGGGCCUUUAUCACAGGAUGGAACCUGAUACUAUCCUACGUUAUAGGUACCUCCAGUGUUGCUCGAGCGUGGAGUGCUACCUUUGAUGAACUGGUGGGGAAAAAAAUAGGCGAUUUCUUCAGCAGCACAAUGUCCAUGGAUCUGCCUGGCCUAGCGGAGUAUCCAGACAUUUUUGCCGUGUGUCUCAUACUUCUCCUAGCAGGCCUCCUCUCCUUUGGUGUGAAAGAGUCAACGAUGGUGAAUAAAGUCUUUACAGCGAUUAACAUGCUGGUCCUGGUGUUUGUUAUCAUCGGCGGGUGUAUUAAAGGGGACCUGAAGAACUGGGACAUCAGUGAAGAGGAAUUAACAGAAACGAUUCGGCAAAUGAGUAACCACUCUUCAGGCAUCAACAUAACGGUCAACUUUGGCUCUGGGGGAUUCAUGCCUUUUGGUAUCAGUGGAACAUUGUCUGGAGCAGCUACGUGUUUUUAUGCCUUUGUUGGCUUUGACUGCAUUGCCACUACAGGCGAAGAGGUGAAGAAUCCACAGAAAUCUAUUCCUCUUGGCAUAGUCAUCUCCUUGUCCAUUUGUUUCCUUGCAUAUUUCGGAGUCUCUGCCGCAUUGACCCUCAUGAUGCCAUAUCACCUCCUUGAUUCUCGGAGCCCACUGCCCGCUGCCUUUGAAUAUGUUGGCUGGAGCAUUGCUAAGUAUGUUGUCGCUGUAGGCUCAUUAUGUGCAUUGACCACAAGUCUCCUGGGAUCCAUGUUCCCCAUGCCACGGAUUCUCUUUGCAAUGGCCAGGGAUGGGCUGCUUUUCAAGCCAUUGUCCAGGGUGAGCAGCCGACAGAGCCCAGUGGUAGCCACCAUGGCUUCAGGGACUGUGGCCGCCCUCAUGGCAUUUCUCUUCGACUUAAAAGCUCUGGUAGAUAUGAUGUCUAUUGGGACUCUUCUUGCCUACACAUUGGUUUCGUCCUGCGUCCUUCUGUUAAGGUACCAGCCACAAAGUGAUCUCAUCAAAGAGAAUAAAGAUGACCAACAGGACCAGAAGAAGAGCACAAUAAUUCCGACCUCAAAAAUGCCUUCAACGCGUUCUUCAAAUCUGGUGACGCGCUGUGUGCUUUCUAUAACUCUGUUAACCUGUGUAGCAAGUGUGGUGUCAACAGCAGGAUCAGAAUGCAUUCUGUCGGGGAGAGCUUGGUGCACCACUCUGCUUGCCUUGGCGCUCCUUGGGAUAAUAGGGGCCACAUUUAUGAUUUGGAGACAGCCACAAAACCAGAGCAGAGCUACCUUCAUGGUCCCGUUUCUACCACUUUUGCCUAUACUUAGCAUUCUGGUUAAUAUAUAUUUGAUGAUCCAGCUAAGCACAGACACUUGGCUUCGUUACAUGGUCUGGAUGGCAGUCGGUUUUGUGAUCUAUUUUGGCUAUGGCAUCCACCAUAGUGCAGAAAGGCAGCACGCUAUAGGCGUCACCGAGCAGAGGAUGGAGGAUAAUACAACAGACAUGGGGUCCAAGGCACAGUUCUUUGAAGUACAACUCAAUCAAUAAAUGCUACUAGUAAAA